AUGAGCACUCAUGAGGUUGAUCCUCCCCUCCCUCGUAUCCCCAACGACGCCAUCGACUACAAACUGCUUCAGAUUCCGCUCGACCAAGACGCUCCAGGUGCCGGAGCCGACGAUCGAGUCCUUUUCCAAGAUCGCAUCGAUCAAAUGCAGCAAAUUGACACGCGCGUUGAGGUUGGCCUGCGUCCCUUCCUCGACGAGACAUUCCCAAAUGUCGGGUGA